AUGGCGCUGUCUUCGCCGGCCACCAGUAGCAUUCGCUUCAUCAACAGAAGCACGCGCAAAAGAUUCUGUCACGUCUUUACGGGGGUUGCUUGCUGCCUCCUUAUUUAUUGCACAUCCCAAAAGGAGGAGGAUGGAGUCACAGUUCUGUAUUCUCCAAACAUUCGGUUCGACAAAGCAACCUCGAACUUUCGCGCUCAACCCCACAGGAGAGUCGUGGCUCUGAUCAGUGAGUACCGGCAGAAACGUUACCGGAGCGUGUGGUUUAGAGAAUACGAAGAGUAUGGGGCCGAGGCAGCUAACAACAACAAAGUUAAGCCUCCCAAUCCCUCCUCCCUCCAGAACCACGUCGACAAAAAUGGCACCCCCACCACUCCUCCAUCCAACGAAGCACAUUUAGCAGCCAGAGAAGCUCUACAAGAGAGAGAAAACGAUUCUUGCAAGACGGCUGCUAUACCGCUCGAGCUCAGCCGGAUUGAGUCCGGCGAGCGUCGGCAAAGUUCCGGCUACCCUCCGGCACAGUUGUCCCGGACCAGUCUGCUGGGAAAACCUCUCAAAUCCGGCAGACAUCGUGGACCACGAUACCGAAAGUCACAAGCCCUGGUGUACAAUUUCUUGGAACGGCCGAGAGGCUAUAAAUCUGCCUGGUACCACAUCUUACUAAAUUCCAGAACCUGUUACUUCCUAUAUCUUCAUGGGGAAUUUAGAAGAUCAGAACAGCAAUCAACAAAACAAUGUAUCUCAUUUUUUGUAAGAGGUUAA